AUGAAUCAACAACAACAACAAGCUUCCUCCUCAUCCUACUCCUCAUCGUCUUCUUCCUCCACGAACCAGGAAGUCAAGACCCCUCCCCAAUCCAUCACUCCUCUUCCCCGUCUAGCCAACGAGGGUCGUAUAUUUGCUCCUGCGGCGCUUGACAACCCACCACCACCUCCUCCUCCUCCUCCUCCUCCUCCUCAACAACAACUAAGGAGGAGUCCACGAGCCAAGAUACCCAGUAAGAGAAAACUGGAAUCGCUCGAAUACCAAGCGGAGGAAGCGAGGGAAAAGGCGGAGAGAAAGGCGGAGGCGGAGGAGGAGUAUAGAAGGGAGAGGGAGAGGUUGAAUCAGAUGAUGUGGGGGUGGAGGUGGUCUAGGAGGUGUAAGAAGUUUGGAGGAAAGGGAUGUGGAGGGGAAUGUUGUGAGAUGGGAUAG